AUGGGUAACCAGCAGUCCAACAUGGGCGGUGGCCCUGGUGGCGAUGGCCGCGAUGACAAGGAUAAGAAGAAAGAGAAACCGAGAUACGAGCCCCCUCCCCCGCCUACUACCCGUAUCGGACGAAAGAAGCGCAAGGCUGCUGGCCCUAGCACUGCUUCUAAGCUACCAGACAUCUACCCAACCUCUCGAUGCAAGCUACGUUAUCUCCGAAUGCAGCGGGUCCAUGACCAUCUGCUGUUAGAAGAGGAAUACGUUGAGAAUAUGGAACGACUGCGCAAGUCUAAGGCCCAGGCCACCCAAGAUCCUGUGAGCCGAGGUGACUUGGACCUGAUGGACCGGAAUGCGGAUGAACGGAGUCGAGUCGAUGACAUGCGAGGCAGCCCGAUGGGCGUGGGUAACUUGGAAGAGUUGAUUGACGAUGAUCAUGCAAUCAUUUCCAGUGCCACCGGUCCUGAGUACUACGUUUCGAUCAUGUCAUUUGUCGACAAAGACCUCCUCGAGCCCGGUGCGAGCAUUCUUUUGCACCAUAAGUCGGUAUCAGUCGUGGGUGUUCUGACCGAAGAAUCCGAUCCUCUUGUGUCAGUGAUGAAGUUGGAUAAGGCUCCGACUGAGUCGUACGCGGACAUUGGUGGUCUUGAGUCUCAGAUCCAGGAAGUUCGUGAAGCAGUGGAGCUGCCUCUGCUGCACCCAGAGUUGUACGAGGAAAUGGGUAUUAAGCCCCCGAAGGGUGUCAUUCUCUACGGUGCACCCGGUACCGGAAAGACUCUACUGGCAAAGGCCGUCGCCAACCAGACAAGCGCCACUUUCCUUCGUAUCGUCGGCAGUGAGCUGAUUCAGAAGUACCUGGGCGAUGGUCCUCGUCUGGUUCGCCAGAUUUUCCAAGUUGCUGCUGAGCAUGCUCCAUCUAUCGUGUUUAUUGAUGAAAUCGAUGCUAUUGGUACCAAGCGUUACGACUCGACAUCCGGCGGUGAGCGUGAAAUCCAGCGAACCAUGUUGGAGCUGCUUAACCAGCUUGAUGGAUUCGAUGACCGUGGCGACGUGAAGGUCAUCAUGGCCACCAACAAGAUUGACACACUGGAUCCUGCUUUGAUUCGACCCGGUCGUAUUGACCGAAAGAUUCUCUUUGAGAACCCGGACCAAAAUACCAAGAAGAAGAUCUUCACCCUCCACACAUCAAAGAUGUCUCUCGGCGAUGACGUUGAUCUUGAUGAGUUCAUUAAUCAGAAGGACGAUCUUUCUGGUGCCGAUAUUCGCGCUAUCUGUACUGAGUCCGGUCUGAUGGCCUUGAGAGAGCGGCGGAUGAGAGUUCAAAUGGACGACUUCCGUGCAGCCCGCGAGCGCAUCAUGAAGACAAAGCAGGAUGGCGGUCCUGUCGAGGGGUUGUACUUAUGUGCAAACACUGCAAACAAGCUCUGUCUUAUCGCGGCGCAAGUUCUUUUGCCAGCGCAACUACUCACAUCUUCAGAAAUGGAAGGGUUUGACGAGGAAGCGUUCAAAAAGUUCUUCCCUUCAGGGUUUGGUAAGCAAGAGAAAGCUGUUGAUGUUGAUUCACAAAUAAAUCGGUCCAAGCGAGCCGAGGUUGCGGCACCGCAACCUCUUGCAGAUGACGAAGGGCAAACACCUGGCCCUGCGGAAAAACCACACGGACCGCAAGAGCCAAAAGGUAGCGAUAGUGAUGACGACUCAGGCGAUGAAGAUUCAGAUGAUUCCAAUGACGAGGAUGAAUUCCCUAUAUCCCAUGAAAUGGUACUCAAAACACAUGAGCGUGCUGUUACAACUAUGACAUUGGACCCCUCGGGGGCCCGAUUAAUUACAGGUUCAGCCGAUUGCACGAUCAAACUUCAUGACUUUGCAUCCAUGACACCAUCCACUAUUCGCGCCUUCAAAUCUGUUGACCCUUCACUUAAGAGACAAGCCGCGGCGCAAGACACCCACCCCGUUCACUAUGCCGCCUUCAAUCCACUCUCGCCGAGUCACGUUCUAGUCGUUUCUGCAACAUCCCAGCCGCGAAUCAUCAGUCGAGAUGGAGAGACGUUGACGGAAUUUGCAAAAGGUGACAUGUACUUGCGUGAUCUCCAUCAUACAAAGGGACAUACCGCAGAAGCGAGUAGUGGUGCAUGGUCUCCGUCAGAUUAUAACAUAUGCGCUACCGCUGGAUUCGAUGGCACAGUGCGCAUUUGGGAUGCCAACGUGGGUCGUUCACAGAAGGAGGUCAUUACGCAUAGGUCGAAGGUGGUUGGGUCUGCUGGUCGGACCAAGAUGACUGCCCUCGCCUGGGGCUGCCCAAAGAACGGUGGAUCAAAUAUCCUCGUUGCUGCGGCUCUUGAUGGCAGUUUGAUGAUAUAUGGUGGCAAUGGACCAUAUAGACGCCCUAGUGGUGAAGUGCAGGAUGCUCACACUCGAGAGACAUGGACUGGUGGUUUGGAUAUCAGCUCUGAUGGACGGUUUGUCGUCAGUAGAGGUGGAGAUGAUACGAUCAAGCUAUGGGAUAUCAGGAAAUUCAAGACCCCAUUCACGACCAUCACCCAUACAUCGACAUCUUCCCGUUUCCCCACGUCGAACGUUCAAUUCUCCCCGUCGUCAACUAAUGUCAUUGUGGGUUCGGAAACCGGCCAUCUGCACAUUCUCAGCGCAAUCACGCUGAAGCCAGAACUUAUCACUCCUGUCACCCCUGGAUCACCUUUGAUAACGGUCUCUUGGCAUGAGAAGCUGAAUCAAAUCCUCACCGGCUCAGCUAAUGCUGAAACACACAUUCUUUACAACCCGACCAUGUCGACAAAAGGUGCUGCUUUGGUCAUGUCCAAGGCACCUAAGCGCCGCCAUCUUGAUGACAUCACAUCUUCUGCGCACUUGAGCUCGGGUCUCGCCGGUGACUCUGUAGUUGUUAGCUCCAACGGUGUUCCGCAUUACAGCUCGGCGAGCUUUUCGGCUCGUCACCCGACUGUGGGACUAACAGCCUCAGGUCGCUCUCGCGACCCUCGCCGACCGCAUCUUCCAGCUACCACACCAUUUGCGCAGUCGCAGCCUGAUGAAAAGCAUAUUCGCGAUUACAUUCCGCUGAGUUCCAUGCGGGAUGAGGAUCCUCGAGAGGCGUUGUUGAAGUACGCGGAACAGGCCAAGAAAGACCCGAUCUUUACGAAAGCAUACGAGGAAACUCAACCUAAGGCGAUUUUCGCGGAACUUAGUGAGGAUGAAGAAGAGGAGAAGCCUCAAACGAAAAGGCCACGGCGGUGA